GUAGGAACCAUCGAAAAAUCACUAGGUUUUAAAGUCACGAGACGAAAUUUAUGACAAACCGCAGCGCUUGUGAAAAUAAUGUCUAUACGGCUGAAUGACCGUAAUUGGAAAUUUUGGCUGUGAUGAUUGGUGCAUCGCUUUAAGACCGUUUUCUUCUUGGCGAUUCCAUUUUAUCUUGCCAUCUUUUUAUUUUCGUCGACUUAUUAAAACCGCUUGUUCUCCAUUCAUUGUUGCGGUUUUCUUUCAACUACUCUUUUGCCUUGCCCUUGCUUUUUCUGCGAGAGUCUUAGUAUUUGAACGUUUCCAUUACUCCAUACUAUGCACCCUAUUCAACCUCCAAAUGACAUCCAAUAUCAACUCAAGUCAGCCAUAAGCAAACGAUGCUUACUCCCUACACCGCCACCCUGCGCUAAGCGUUCCACCAGCGAUCCUGACCUGUACUCGCUUGAGAAUCACAAGUCGAACAUUAGCCAUGAGGCUUCACCGCUGCGCCGCUCAUCACGACCACCACCUUCUACUGCGCCUCCACUCAGCGCUUCGCCAAAGUCCAUGAACCAAAAGCUUUUAUAUGUAGACAACCUAGUUGACACCACCGCUAAAGUUAUUGAAGCCAUUUGGCCCACCGUCAACAAACCAAAGGCCAAUGUCGUCUCACUCCGUACAUUCAUUCAGGAAGUGCUGAAACGAUCACGCACCACCUAUUCCACCCUUCAAACCGCUCUUUUCUACCUUUUUCGAGUCAAAAAUGCCAUCAUUCAUCAACUUCAAGGUCAAUGCAUGACCACCACCGUUCGACGAGAACAAGAUUACAUCAGCUGUGGACGUCGCAUGUUUCUUGCCAGUCUUAUUCUGGCCAGCAAGUUUCUUCAAGAUAGAAACUAUCGCAACUCAGCAUGGGCUAAAAUUUCUGGCCUUCCUGUGUCUGAAAUCAAUGCUGCGGAAAUGGUUUUUCUAAAAGUCAUCGAUUGCAACUUGUUUAUCAGCAAAGCUACCUUUGAUCAAUGGUACUCUUUGCUUAAUACGCAUAUCGAAAAUAGAGUCACUCGACCUCAACACCCUACCGCUAAUAAUAACAAACCCUCCUCUCAACCAUCCUACUAUUUACAAACCCCCCCACAAAACAUACCCACAUCGCUUCAACCACUUUCCCCUCCUCUAUCACAAUCGUCAAGCUCUCCUUGCAGCACAUGCAACACACCUCAGCAUCCUCACGAUUCCGCAGUUUCGCUUUCUCAAGAUAACUUUUCGCCUCCCUUGUCUGGCAAACUAUCUGGCAAACGAUCCUACUCCGAUGAAGACGAAGCUUCCCUUGCUCUCAAGCGUGUCAAGACCGAUAAAGAUGACUUUUCCCUGGUCAUGGGCUGGUAGUAGCUCAGAAUUCUAUAUUACCCCUUACAUCACCAUCUUGAAUUUCUUUGUUCAUUACAUAACAUCAUCCUCACACACUGUAUUUCAACUGCACACCCAACGUUUUUCUAUAUUCUUUUUUGCUGACGAAUGUAUUCCGUUCAUUUUCCCUAGUUUAACCCCACCCCUCCCUCUUCUCCCUGUAGCAUACUAUGACAA